AGAAGAAGGAAGGGGAAGCGGCGGCAACAAACGGAGGGAACACACUAGCAAUGACGGUCGUGAGUUCCAAGCUGCAGCCUACUUUUCAAAGAGUUUUCCAAACAGAAAGUAUUGGGACAGCCAGUCUCCUUAUGUUUAGCCACUAGAAACUAGGAAGUGAGCCAUAAAGUGACUUCCCGUUAGUUCAUGCCGCUAUCAUCAUUGCUACCUUGACCUCCUGCUGUGAGGGGCCUCUGGAAGCUACCAUGACACACCCGGGUUUGUGAUGUCAGGGUCCAGCGACGGACCAGAGGACAAACAGGAGUGGAGACACAAGGACAUUCCUCGGUUUGUAGUUGGAUGUGAGGAGGAUGAGGAGGACGACGACAUGGACCAAGUGGAGAUUGAUAUGAAGAGCGACAACAGUCGCGAAGAGGACAUGGAGGAGGACGACGACUCUCUGAGAGGACAGAUCGUCGUGGGCAUAUGUUCCAUGAUGAAAAAGUCCAAGUCCAAACCCAUGACUCAGAUCUUGGAGCGACUCUGUAAGUUUGAGUACAUCGACGUGGUCAUUUUUUCUGAGGAGGUGAUCCUGGAAGAACCCGUGGAGAAGUGGCCUCACUGCGACUGCCUCAUCUCCUUCCAUUCCAGAGGUUUUCCUCUUGACAAAGCUGUCGAAUACGCCAAGCUACGAAAUCCGUUGCUCAUCAAUGAUCUCAACAUGCAGUAUUUCAUUCAGGACAGGAGGGAAGUUUAUCGAAUCCUGAAAGAAGAGUUUAUUGAGCUUCCUCGCUAUGCUGUUUUAAACCGAGACCAUCCUGAGGAGUGUAACCUGGUGGAGGGGGAGGACCAUGUUGAGGUGAACGGGGAGGUGUUCCCAAAACCCUUUGUGGAAAAGCCGGUGUGCGCAGAGGACCACAACGUCUACAUCUACUAUCCCACGUCUGCAGGUGGAGGCAGCCAGAGGCUUUUCAGAAAGAUCGGGAGUCGCAGCAGCGUUUAUUCUCCAGAAAGCAGCGUUCGCCAGACUGGCUCCUACAUCUACGAAGAGUUCAUGCCAACAGAUGGUACUGAUGUAAAGGUUUACACGGUGGGUCCUGACUACGCUCACGCCGAGGCCAGAAAGUCCCCCGCUCUGGAUGGGAAAGUGGAGCGAGACAGUGAAGGGAAGGAGAUCCGGUAUCCGGUCAUGCUGACCGCCUUUGAGAAACUAGUGGCUCGCAAAGUUUGCCUGGCGUUCAAGCAAACGGUAUGUGGCUUUGACCUGCUCAGAGCCAACGGCCACUCCUUUGUCUGUGACGUCAACGGCUUCAGCUUUGUCAAAAGCUCCAUGAAAUACUAUGAUGACUGUGCCAAGAUCCUCGGAAACAUGAUAAUGCGAGAGUUGGCUCCAAAGUACAGCAUCCCCUGGUCCAUUCCCAUAGAGGAUGAAGACAUUCCCAUUGUCCCAACAACCUCUGGAACCAUGAUGGAGCUUCGUUGUGUUAUCGCCAUCAUUCGCCAUGGAGAUCGAACGCCAAAGCAGAAGAUGAAAAUGGAGGUCCGACACCAUCUGUUCUUUGAAUUGUUUGAUAAGUAUGGAGGAUACAAGACAGGAAAGCUGAAGUUAAAAAAGCCAAAACAGCUACAGGAAGUGCUUGAUAUCGCCCGCCAGCUGCUGGUUGAACUGGGCCAGCACACCGACUGUGAGAUUGAGGAAAAGAAAUCCAAACUUGAACAACUCAAGACUGUCUUGGAAAUAACGACCCAAACUCUAGAGGGAGCUGAACGUAAAGGGCAUAUGGAGGCCUUCACUUCAUCUUUUUCUCUGCUCACUCAAAAAACAGUUGCACACCAAAGCCACACCACAAGUUCCACUCAGCUACUCAUGUUCACAUGUUUAACUCCAAGGUAUGGUCAUUUCUCAGGUAUCAAUAGGAAAGUCCAGCUGACCUACAUGCGAAAAGGCAAACCUAAAACCUCCAGUGAAGAAGAAGACUGUAAGAAGGAUGGUCCAUCUCUGCUUUUGAUUUUAAAGUGGGGUGGGGAGCUGACGCCUGCAGGUCGAGUACAGGCCGAGGAGCUGGGCAGGGCCUUCCGCUGCAUGUAUCCUGGAGGUCAAGCUGGUAAUCGCCGGUCCCUUGGCUGUGAGUCCCCUAUUGACUUUGGUGACUUCGCUGGCUUUCCUGGCUGUGGCCUCCUGCGUCUGCACAGCACCUACCGCCAUGACCUGAAGAUCUAUGCGUCUGACGAAGGCAGGGUGCAGAUGACCGCUGCAGCUUUUGCCAAGGGCCUGCUGGCUUUAGAGGGUGAACUCACACCAAUUCUUGUUCAAAUGGUGAAAAGUGCCAACAUGAACGGACUGCUGGACAGCGACAGUGACUCUCUGACUGACUGCCAGCAGAAGGUGAAGGCCAGGUUACAUGAGAUCAUGCAGAAGGACCAAGAGUUUAUGCAAGAAGACUAUCAUAAGCUGGCACCAACAGGAAGUCCAUCACUAGUGAACUCCAUGAACAUUAUUGAGAAUCCAGUCAAAACGUGUGAUAAGGUGUACACACUCAUCCAGAGCCUUACCUCACAGAUACGGAAGAGACUAGAGGAUCCCAAGUCUGCAGACUUGCAGCUUUACCACAGUGAGACUUUGGAGCUGAUGCUGCAACGCUGGUCGAAGCUGGAGAGAGACUUCCGCAUGAAGAACGGCCGCUACGACAUCAGCAAGAUCCCAGACAUCUAUGACUGCAUCAAAUACGACUCGCAGCACAACGCCUCGCUCAGCUUGGAAGACACCAUGGAGCUGUUCAGACUGUCCCGUGCUCUGGCUGACAUAGUGAUUCCUCAGGAGUACGGCAUCAGCAAAGCAGAGAAACUAGACAUCGCUCAGGCUUACUGUGUUCCUCUGAUGAAGAAAAUCCAACUGGAUCUGAAAAGGACCCAUGAAGAUGAGGCGGUCAACAAGCUGCACCCCCAGUAUUCCCGAGGAGUAAUGUCUCCUGGACGCCAUGUUCGCACACGCCUGUACUUCACAAGUGAAAGCCACGUCCACUCUUUGCUCAACAUGUUUCGUUAUGGAGGACUUCUGAAUGAGGAGAACGACCAGCAAUGGAAACAGGCGAUGGAGUACCUGAGUGCUGUGAAUGAACUCAACUACAUGACUCAGAUCGUCAUCAUGCUGUACGAGGACAACAACAAGGACUUGACCUCAGAUGAGCGCUUUCACGUGGAGUUUCACUUCAGCCCAGGUGUUAAAGGCUGUGACGAUGAGGAGAACGUACCUCUGGGCUUUGGUUUCCGCCCAGCCUCUUCUGAGGUGUGUGAGGAUAAUGAAGACAAGAAGACAAAUCAGGGCAGUCUGGAGUGUCUCUCAGAAGACCAGACUGAUCGGGCACUUCUAGUCUCAGAUCCAAUAAAUAUUCAGCGGAAGUCUCCAGUUAUCCGCAACAGGAAGACCGGAUCCAUGGAGGUUCUCUCUGAGACAACCCCAAACCACUCCUCCAAAGGCGGCACAUCCCAACGAUUCCUUCAGUCCUGCUCCCGUCAGUCUCCUGAAAUCAAACCAACUGGAGGUUUAGGCUCGCUCUGUUCUGGCCUCUUCAGUGCCUCCGCCCUGGGGGUGUCGUGUAGUGCCCCCAACCUGCAGGACUACGUCCGCAGUCACAACCACCUCCGCAAACCACCUCUGUCCCCCGGCAGUCUGCCAUGCAAGAUUGGCGUGUUUGAGCUGUUCUCUAUGCUGGCAGUAAAGAGAUUUUCUGUGUCGUUUGCCAGGCAUCCGACCAAUGAGGCCUCUGAUGAACUUGCUGAGCUGGCCCUGCUGGGUCUUGGCCCUCAGGCUUUGGAUAGGGCCAUGUCCCACCACCUGCACCACUGCCCUUACCACCUCUACCUCCUCAAAGCCCAGCUGAUGUGUGGUCAGAAGCUCCCAGAGUCUCUCCAUGGCUUUGAAGGCUGCUCCAUGGUGCCCUCCAUCUAUCCACUGGAGACGUUACACAACUCGCUGUCGCUGAGGCAGGUGGAGGAGUUUCUCAGCAGGGUGUGUGAGAGCAGCAGCGAGGCGCACGUCAAAACCAUGAAGGCUCUCUCGGGUUUGUUUGACUCUCAGAGCCAGAGCUCUCUGUACAGUAUGCACCAUCCUCUGUCCACCUCUGGAUCCGAGGCGUCGCUCCGACCGCCAAGCCAGACCGUCUGCCAUGGCAGCGUCCCCUCCAGCACUGUGUCCAGCGCGGGCCCCUCCAGCCCCCCCUCUCCAAACACUGAGACCUCUGGCCAGAACUUUGGGGUCAGUGGUUAGAACGUCAAGCUGAAACCCCCACAGGUCUUGAUUGACAGAACAAGAUUCAAAGCCCUCAUCUGGACAGCCCGUGUGCUGUUAGUCAUCCCUCCCCUCACAUUUACCUCGGCGCUGAUUCUAAAGAGAUGAAACUGGAUCAGAACUGCUGGACUCCUGAGGGAGAAACUCUGAACAGCUCCACAUGAAAAUCCGGAAGUUUGCCGUUAGUUUCCGUAAACAUUCAUCCUGAUGGCAUCAAACCAAGCAGCAGUGCCUUUUGAUUAAUCAUGAUGCAGUUUCCACUGAAAGAAAGCUUCCUGCUGUUCAUCCUAAAGGAAAACACACAAACUUCCGUCCGUUUUGGAAUUUUACAUCUCAGUAGUAGGAGCUGGAGCCUUCACGAGCUGCCAUUUGUAUUUUAGAGUUUCUGUUGAAUAAAUCAAGUGUUUACUCUAUAGUCUGGAUUCAAAUGGCUGCUUGAAGGACUUCAGUUUCCAUCACACCUUUUGUUCAGGUUAUUCAUUUAUUCAGUCUCCACUCUGUGUUUGAAUGAAAGGUGCUUUACAAAUACAGCAACUUGUCUUUAUGGUAUCAAGCUAUACUAACAAAGACAAAGAUAUUUUCUAACCCUUUUUUAAAAACAGGACUGUCGGUCAGAGGAGUCAGCAGAGAUGACGGGUUCCUCGGCUCUGACGUUCCCAAAGAACCCAAGUGUCAUUCAAUGCUAACUACAUGCAAACGCUGUGAUAGCUUUUGUCACACAGUCCCAACUUGAUGAUGACUUUAUUUUACACACAGCUUUUCAAACAUUCAGUUUCUCUAUAAUUGCUUUAAGAUUAGUCUUUUACAAAAGUCAUUAUAAAAAUCCAAUCAAGCAUCACCAAAGACUCACCAAAGCAAGUACAGCCAUGAUGCGGUAUGUGCUUGUCAUCAAGGGGUCAGGCCCCAUGACUAUGCAAAAAAGAAUAAUCAGGUUUUUCCUUUGGAUCCCAAACUCCAGCCUCUCCUGGAUACACAGUGUCGUUGUAAAUGUUGUAAAUGUGCCUUUGAGGUUUGGAGGAGUUUAGCCUGGUUUCCAAUGUUCCUUUUGAUAAACUGCUCUUCAUCAAAGAUUCUCAGGUAUUCAGACAAACAAAAGCGACUCUGCUUUUUUCUGCACUUGGCUGAGCUGGGGUUCAGUUCCUUUCUAAUGGUGGCCCCCCAUAUUUGCUGUUGGUGUUUAUAAAUGUGGCCAAAAUUCACAAUAAUGAAACAAAUUCAAGUGCUUUAUUUCCAAUGGUCCAGUUAAACACAAGAUUUUCUCCAAAGCUUUUGAAAAAAGGCCCACAGGUUAGAUUAUUAUUUUUUAAAUAAAUUCUUUUAAAUAUUUUUAUUUUAUUGUCAGUGCCAAAUUUUUGCUUUAGAUGUCUAAUUAUAUGAAUGUUGUGUUUGUGUAAUGUGUUAACAGCUGGCCAAAGACUUGUGUUCUGUGAUGGAUUCUGAAAAACAAUAAAGUUUAAAGUUAAAUAUC